AGUCCAGGCAUUUGGGUUAAAACCUUGCUUGCCCGCAGCGGGAGCCGGAGAGGACUGAGGCUAAGAUUUCAGAAUGACUUCCAUCUUGACUUACACGCUUAAAAAUCUUCCCAGUACAUCAAAAUGGGCCCUCAGAUUUUCUUUGAGACCUCUAAGCUGUUCCUCCCAGCUACGAGCUGCCCCAGCCGCCCAGACCAAGUCAAAGAAAACCUUAGCCAAACCCAAUAUAAGGAAUAUUGUGGUGGUGGAGGGUGUUCGCAUUCCAUUUUUGCAGUCGGGCACUUCAUAUAAGGAACUGAUGCCACAUGAUUUGGCUAGAGCAGCACUUUUGGGUUUGCUGCAUCGGACCAAUGUCCCGAAGGAUGUUGUUGAUUAUAUCAUCUUUGGCACAGUUAUACAAGAAGUGAAGACUAGCAAUGUGGCUAGAGAGGCUGCCCUGGGAGCUGGCUUCUCUGACAAGACUCCUGCUCACACUGUCACCAUGGCUUGCAUCUCUGCCAACCAAGCCAUGACCACAGGUGUUGGCUUGAUCGCCUCUGGGCAGUGCGAUGUGGUCGUGGCAGGUGGUGUAGAGUUAAUGUCUGAUGUCCCUAUUCGUCAUUCAAGGAAAAUGAGGAAGAUGUUGCUUGAUCUCAAUAAGGCCAAGACUCUGGGUCAGCGACUGUCUUUAAUCUCUAAAUUCAGAUUGAAUUUCCUGUCACCCGAGCUCCCUGCGGUGGCCGAGUUCUCCACCAGUGAGACCAUGGGCCACUCUGCAGACCGACUGGCCGCUGCCUUUGCUGUUUCUCGACUGGACCAGGAUGAGUAUGCGCUGCGCUCUCACAGCCUGGCCAAGAAGGCCCAGGAUGAAGGACUCCUGUCUGAUGUUGUGCCCUUCAAAGUACCAGGAAAAGAUACAGUUACCAAAGAUAAUGGCAUUCGUCCUUCGUCUCUGGAGCAGAUGGCCAAACUAAAACCUGCAUUCAUCAAGCCCUAUGGCACAGUGACGGCUGCAAAUUCUUCUUUCCUGACUGAUGGUGCAUCUGCAGUGCUGAUAAUGGCAGAGGAGAAAGCUCUGGCCAUGGGUUAUAAGCCAAAGGCAUAUUUGAGGGAUUUUGUGUAUGUGUCUCAGGAUCCAAAAGAUCAACUUUUACUUGGACCAACUUACGCUACUCCAAAAGUUCUGGAAAGGGCAGGAUUAACAAUGACUGAUAUCGAUGCUUUUGAAUUUCAUGAAGCAUUCUCAGGUCAGAUUUUGGCUAAUUUUAAAGCCAUGGAUUCUGAUUGGUUUGCACAAAAUUACAUGGGUAGAAAAACCAAGGGCCAUGCGAUGAUAGUGGAAGCUUAUCCAAAAUAAUAAAGGAGAGGUGACCUGGAGUUUCUGCGCAACACUCGCACUAGGCAAUGCCAUUCCAAUGCAUUACUAACUGACAUCCUUAGUUCCUGUCUCCUCUUAGGAAAAGACAAUUUGUGGCCUUCUGUUCAAUACUUUGCAAUUAAGCCUUGCUAGUAUUCUGAGCUUUCCAGUAAUCACGGCUUACUACUCUUUCAGGGAUUUCUUAAUCAGCAGAAUCUCUCAGUGUUAUGUUUAAACAGUUGUUUGGGGGCUCUAUUUUCAUUAAAUACUUAAAUGAGUGGUUGCAGUUCAGGAGAGAUUUGGAAUCAUCUUUGUAACAUUUGCAAAGUAUACUCCUUCCUAUUUGUGACCUAAAGAUGUGUGUUUUCUAUAAAAUACAAACCAAUGUGCCUAAAGAAACUUAAUUAUGGAAAGGUAAUUCAGAGUUUAAAUGUCACUGAAAACUUACAGUAAAUGUUUAGAUAUAUAAGUACCCUGUUACACUUAAUAAAGUGAGGGAGUAUUGAAGAACUGUUUGCCUUAGUUUUUACCAGAGGUAAAGGGUGGUUCCCUUGGCUUGGGGGCAGAUUUUGCCUUUAAUUACUCAUUUGUAACUUUUAGCCAUUUUAGUCAGUCAUGUGGCUGCUAGGGGUAUAAAGAGGGUCCUGCUUUAGAAUAACACCUUUUUGGGGCUCCUGGGUGGCUCAUUCGGUUGAGCAUCCGACUUCCGCUCAGGUCACGAUCCCACGGUUCGUUGGGUUCGAGCCCCGCGUUGGGCUCUGUGCUGACAGCUCAGACCCUGGAGGCUGCUUCUGAUUCUGUGUCUCCCCCUCUCUCUCUGCCCCUCCCCUGCUCAUGCUCUGUCUCUCAAAAAUAAAUAAAUGUUAAAAAAAAAAAAAAA